AUGGACCUGUCGAACGAAGCCGUGGACGAGCUGGGGGACCCGCCUUUACGCAUGGGGCUCAUGGCGGACAAAUCCUGGUCGGACGUCUACGCCUAUAUGGACAAGUUCGCGCUCCGGAACCCGCGUCGACGGAUCAAGUUGGUCAUCUUGCUCCGACAUGGAGAAGCGACCCACAAUGCCACGAAGGCCCGAGUGGGUGCGAAGCUAUGGGAGGAACAGUACGAGCGGCUGCUCGAGUUCAUUGACGCCCCCUUGACGGCGCACGGCCAGGGCCAGGCCGACGCAGCGGCUUUGAUGCUCGAGGAGCAGAUGGAAAACUGCGACCUGCGCGUCCAGCGCGUGUUUGUGUCUCCGUUGGACCGCACGUUGCAGACGUACGACCGCGUGUGCCACCACCGGCGGGACAUUCCCGUGUCGGUGAUGGAGCUCGCAAGAGAGACGUUAGGAGUCGUCAACUGCGAUCGCCGCAAGCGCGUAACGUUGAAGCGAGAGGCGUAUCCGCAGUUGGACUUUGUCCACGUGGCUAGCGACGACGACACGUGGUGGCAACCCGACCACCGCGAGACGAGCAGUGAGAUCGCGGCCAGAGCGGCCACGUUCCUCGACAAAGUGCUCUACAAAAGUCCCGAGCGCUGCGUGCUCGUGGUCUCGCACAGCGGCUUUUGUCGCGGCUGCUUUGCUGCAGUGGGGCAUCGGUACUAUCGACCUCGGAAUGCCGAGUUCAUCCCGUUGCUGAUCACGGACGCGACCGAAGACGAGCUGCUGCAGUAA